CGCAAAGAGCAUUAGCUAAUCGUAAAGGUAAAAUAGCUAGUAUUUCUUGAGUAAAAAGAUAAUCGCUGAAAUGUUAUAUUACAGAGAUAGAUAAUGUCAAUCUUAAUUUAUCUUCAAAACGAUUAGUUUUGGAUACGUCAUUACAAUCAUCGACGAUUCAACGAUUAAUCGAACAGACACUUGGUACUAAUGUCGUGCUAUUAGGGACUAAUAUGAUACGCCCAAUAGAUCCUCCAUUACCAAGUGAUCACUUGAAUCUGGAUGAAUAUCAUUUAAAAUCAUUAUUCACCACUACAGCUCAUACAAUUAGUGAAAUAGGAGUUGGUGGUGAAUUUGUGGAAAAGCUUGAAUCAUCAGUUAUAAAUUCUCAAGCCGAUAAACCAACACAUGAAAUGAAAGAAAUCCGUCCAGAACUUGGACGUAUAUACAUGCUUCGGCUCAGUAUACCUGAAGCAUUUGGGAUAUUCAAAGGUGGUGAACCAGAAAUAUCUUCAUUUGCAUCAUGUGCAUCUUCAUCAACCAGAAGUUCUGCUAAAUCUUCCGAAUCACCAACAAAACCAAAAAACAAGCGAUAUUACAAACGACCAUGUAUGGUACUGUUCACUCAUUCUGGAUCAACAACUGUUCUUGGUAUUAGCAGAUUUCACGGUCACGAUCCUGCUUCUACUAAUCCAGAUACGACUAUUAUAUUACCUGAAUUAACAAGAGAUUAUGUAUUUAAACACCUUUUGUCAAUUUAUCCAAAUCCUCCAGUUUUUGGUCGAAAUAGCAUCAAAACUAAAUCAAUUCGUCCGUCAACGUAUUUUAAACCUGAUGAGAAACAUUAUUUAAUCUUGAAGCCAAUUUCUGUCUCAUCU